UUUGGCUUCUGUUAAAAUCAAGGUGUGAAUAAGUAUCAUACAUAUACAGUAAAAUACUAUAUAUGUAGUAUAUGUACAUAAAUCAUAUAAAAGAUGCUUAAAUUGUGGGUAUUUCUGCUCUGGGCUUAUGCUACGUACGCAAUACCAUUCUAUGACGAUUUUGUCAGUGAUGUAAAAGACGUGGAAUUUAUUCCGAUAGAGGAGCAACGGUCUGGUCGUCAGGAUGGUCAGUUAACCCUAUCACAAUUACCAGUCAGUAGAUCGAAUCUAAAUCCGUUCGCCGUUGGUGCCUUAACUACUGAUGUGAAAUCACCUAAACCGUCUGAGAUAUUCCUACAAUCGUUUCCAUUUUUUAGCGGUGAGUUCCUUACAACAUUGGAAGGUUUUGUAGUUGGAUCCAAUUUGGAGUCUUGGUGGAAAGGACAGAAUGUAUGCACUAAAAAGGAAGAAUCCGAGAAUGCUACUGAUGAAACAGAUGUCGGCGAAGUCAGUGAUACCUUUCAUUUCACCGUUAACUCAUGUGAUGUAAAGCCGAACAAAUACGUUUGCACUAAAAUCGUUAAUCAAAAUGGUAACAAGAAGACAUUGACAUUAACGCGCCAGUGCUGUUAUGGAUAUGGACGCCCAAAUAAUGCGCAAUUAACCACACCAUGCGAAAAGAUCAAAAUUAACGACAUUGAAACAACCGCACAGCUCAUGGGGGCAAAACAAUUUAUUGAGAGUGGCAAAUAUUCUGGAGAUUUGGGCGAAAUGUUACGGAAAGACAAACCAUUGACUUUGUUUAUACCCAAUGAUGCCGCUUUUCAGGAGUAUCGUGAUCAGCAUCACGAGGAGAACAAUGUUGGGCGCGCACAGACAUCGAUUUUCAAACUACAUUCUGUGUUAGAUGAUGUGCAACUAGAGAAUAUUCUCAGUGAGAAACUGCUAAACAGUGCGCAGGCUAACCAGAAAAUUCGCAUCAACGCCUAUCAGUUACCACACAGUCUAGGUACCGAGUAUUAUCGUUAUUCUGCCAAUUGUGUGCCGAUCGGCAGUCACGAUAGGCUAUCGAAACAAGCUGUUUUACACACAUUGACUGGAGUGCUGAAGCCUCUAACUAAAACAGUAAUGGAUAUCAUACGAGAGCGUGUUGAUAUAUCCAUUAUGCGCAAUGUGCUGGAGAAGACGAAUAUGAGUGCUUUACUUGAAACUGAUCAGCCUGUGACAAUUUUUGUUCCUACUAAUGAAGCUUUCAAAAAGUUGGAACCUCAUUUGCGUCGUGCCCUGAUGAAAGGACUUGGCUGCGCAUCCAACAUACUAAAAAAUCACAUGCUGGAUUUCACUUUCUGCUCUUUAGCCAUGGUACCAGGUGGUAAUACAACUACCUACAAUCUUUUAGGGGAGCCCCUUCUACUAAAUCGCAAACAACGUGUACUGAAUCAAACGGAGAUAGAUUCAAUUAAUAUAAAUAAUGCUGCUAAGAUAUUGGACAUAGAUAUCAUGGGCACAAACGGUGUACUACAUGUUAUUGACACUGUACUACCCACUGCGUCCGCGCUUCCAAUGACUUCCUUAAUGUUAGAAAAAAAUUUGACAAUCUUCAAGCGACUGAUAGAAGCGUCUGGAUUUGAUGAUGAGUUGGACGAUCUUUACAAUGUGACAGUUUUUGCCCCAACAGAUAGCGCAUUGCAACACUCUGUAUGGUCUCAACUUUUAUAUGAAGAACCAGAGCAUUUAAAAGACAAUAAGGAUCUUUGGGAGUUUCUUAAUUAUCAUGUGAUCAAGCCGAUGAUUAAAACCUGCGACUUGUCGGAGAGCUCUUUGCCCACAAUGGCAGGCACCAAUGUUCGUCUUAAUCUCUACUCAACACAUGGACUCUUCUCAGAUGUUUUUAACAGGGCCACCGUCAACUGUGCUCGCCUCGUGUACUUCGACGCCGAUAGCUGCGGAUCAGUGCUACAUCAGAUAGAUCGACCCCUGUCUCCACCGAAAAAUAAUCUGUUACAAACCCUAGAAUCAAAUACCAACUUUAGUAAAUUCCUGGAGCUAGUACGAAAGGCUAAUUUAACGCACUUGCUCUCUAAUAACUUACAAAGCUUGACUCUGCUGGUGCCCAAGAAUGAUGCGUUUGAGGAAUUCAGUGAGUCUGCCGAAUCCAAGACUUUCAUUCAGAGCACUGAAGAGAUUGAGGCACAAGUUAAAAUGCAUAUUGUCAAUGAUGUCGUCUGUUGUGCUGGCAUCAUUCCGACCAAGUGGCCAUUUGUGCGAUCAAUAGAAUCCAUUUCUGGUGAACGUCUACGCAUCACUCGAGAUCGUCGCCCUAAAAUUGAGAACGCUGGCGUCACAAAAUGUGAUAUUGUGGCUACCAAUGGUAUCUUGCAUGAAAUUAAUGACAUUAUUGUACCCAGCAGUUCCGCACAGACGCUUACACGAUCGCGACAUGGCGACUUUGAAGUAUAUUUCUAAAUAUCAAAAAAAUACU